AUGGACAAAGAUUUCAUUUAUGGUCUAAAGUUUGCUCUUAAGAAAUCUACAGGAAAUGUUAACAACAGUUUUGUUGGGAAGCAUAAACGAAAAUCUAAAGCAAAGUUGAAGGAAAAUUUAUCUUGUACUUUGCAAAAUGCUAAAUCUCCUGUCAAAAAGGAUUCUUUGACCACGGAUAUACGAGCAUCCAUGUUUCGGUAUUUGAAUGAGAAACUGUAUAAAUGCUCGAGUAAUGAUGCGAUUGAAUACUUUAAAAAUGACCCUGGCGCUUUUAAUAUUUACCACGAGGGAUUUCAGUAUCAGUUGCAAAAAUGGCCAUAUGAUCCUUUAACAUGGCCAAUGGAAAUAAUUGCGAAAGAUUUCAAAAAUAUACCCAUUGUUGCAGAUAUGGGAUGCGGUGACGCGCGAUUGGCAUCGUUGUUGAAAAAAAAUGCCGUCGUACAUUCCUUUGAUUUAGUUGCUGUAAACGAAGAAGUCACUGUGUGUGAUAUGGCACAUACACCACUAGCCAGUUCAUCUGUUGAUAUCGUAAUCUUUUGCCUUGCAUUGAUGGGCACAAACUGCCGAGAUUUUUUCUAUGAAGCUAAUCGCAUUUUAAAGACCAAUGGCACCUUAUUGAUUGUUGAAGUGGCCAGUCGAUUCGAUAAAUCGUUCAAAACGUUUCUCAAACAUCUUAAGCCAUUCGGUUUCAAGAUAAUCAGCUGGGAAAUCACAUCGGACACCUAUUUUGCUCGUGGUCGUCUUCUUAAAUCAAAAGACCUCUCAACAGUGCGAGUUACAAGUUUGCCUGAAAUUGUAAUAAAUCCCUGUCUCUCUAUGGAAGCGAUAAUAGGUCAUGUGCGAGAAGGCAAUUUGGUGGAGACGCGUCUGUGGUUAGACAUGAGUGAAAAUGACGUGAAUCAGGGUGAUGAACAUCGAUUUUCCCUCCUCCACUGGUCAGCCCGUGAAGGAAGGCGCGCUUUGGUGGAGCUGCUCAUUUCCCGUGGUGCUCGCGUCAACGCCACCAAUUUAGGGGACGACACAGCUCUCCAUCUGGCCUCUGCGCACGGUCAUUACGACGUUGUCUAUUUUCUGCUCAACCACUUUCGUCUCGCCGUAGAUGCACCCAACGAACACGGCAACACGCCUCUCCAUUACGCCUGUUUCUGGAAUCAUCAUGAAAUUGCCGAGGCAGGUCCUCUUAUUUUUGCGUCAAAGUUACCGUUGUUGAUCAAGUUUGGAGCGAGUUUGAUGCAAGAAAAUAAGUAUGGCUACACGCCACUUGAAAUCGCUCGGCCUCGGGCAGCGGCAAUGUUAGCACCAAUGGCUCAAAGCUAUGGCGCUGAUUUGACUAGACGACGGCCCUUUCGUGAUCAGAGUUGGAUCGGUACGAAAACACGAGCUCGUGAUGCCACCAUCUACAAACUGGAUGGGGAUGCCUGGGAUCCCCGCGACGUCGAACUUUCUGGAGCUCUCGCUGAUGGACACGGAGCGGAGGUUUUGCGCGGCUUCUUUCGAAAUAAGGAAGUGGUUGUGAAGAUGUUAAAACUCCGUCAUUACACCGAUCGACAGGCACGUGACUUUAAAGAGGAGUUUCCACGUCUGCGCAUCUUCAAUCACCCAAAUAUUCUUCCAGUGCUUGCAAUUUUCAACUCGACACCACGCUUGUGUUUAAUUAGUGAAUUCAUGCCAUUUGGGUCGCUCUACAGCCUUCUGCAUUCCCCUCUCCAACAACAACAACAGCAGUUAGACGAGAAUGGUCAGUCUCAGGCACCAGCGACAAUCUCUCUGCGACAGGCACUUCGCUUCGCAUUGGAUAUCGCCAAGGCCAUGGAGUUUCUUCACUCUCCCGAAUUGAAAGUGCCAAAUUUCAGACUCAACUCUCGCCAUGUUUUGGUGGACGAGGAUGUGGCCAAGAUUGGAAGCCCUAUAGACAAUGACAUGCCCGAGGACGAGAUGCUGACCGCUCGUUUGGACAUGGCCGACUACAAAUUCUCCUUCCACGAGAAGGCUCAAGAGUACAAUCCCGCUUGGAUGUCGCCUGAAGCUCUGCAGAAGAAACCACAGGAUAUAAAUCUUCAGGCCUCGGAUAUGUGGAGCUUCGGUGUAAUCCUCUGGGAACUAAUUACUCGAAUGGAACCUUUUGAAGGACUAGAUCCAAUGGUAAUUGGAAUGCAGGUGACAACGGAAAGCUUGCGUCUACCACGGUUGGCUAGCAUGGACGCUCGAAUUGUGCGUUUGUUGGACCUCUGCAUGAACGAAGAUCCGGGAAAACGUCCGAGAUUUGGCAUGCUUCUUCCACUGCUGGACAAAAUGCGCGAGCGAGCCGGGCACUCAAAUUUGGCCAGCCACUAA